AAUGAAGGUGUCAAAAUGACAAGCAGAGACAGCUAACAAAAAAAAAAAAGGGAAACGAAGGAUGCACACACUUACACACACAUAGACAUACACUGGAAUCCAAGAGGAGUGGGCAGGACGUGCGAUGGAUGGAUGUCCGCCUUUCUCGCCGCCCACUUUUGAAGCCGCCCUUUCCGCCUGUUAGCCCGGCUAACUGUGUAAAUGGCAAAGCGACAGCAGCAUUUGCUAACUUUGCUGCAGCAGCAACAAAGGCCAAGGCACAGCCCCAACAAAAACUACAUAAAUGUAUCUAUAUCUAUAUCUAUCUAAGCGAUGGCCGUGCAUUGUAUUGCAGUUACGUGCUCGAUGGUCCAGCAAAAUGGCGAGGCGAAAAAAAUCUCUGAAACAAAAUCAACAAAGAAGCACCAAGAACAGCAGGGGUCUUCUCGUUUGAAAAGUCUUGAAUACACUUUUCGUAUAAACAUUUAAGAAGCACUUCUCCUUAUAGUCAGAACAUAUGUAAAAAUUUACAUUUAUAUAGCUGGUAUUGCUGAAAACAGUCGGAAUAUCUGCUUGAGUAAAAAGAUUUAAAAUCAAAAUUUUUGUAAUUUUAGGAUAGUAUUUAUUUAUACUUGUGUUUAGGCAAAAACCCACAUUAUUGCAUAAUAAAAAUAAAUUUUUCUC